GAAAUUGACAGUUCGCUCUCGCUUGCUUCAGCCUAUGUCACAUCAUGUCACAUAUUUAAGUUUCAUUUUUUGGAAAAUAAUCCAAUAAUAAGCGUUUUGUUAUCAUUUAAAUGUAAAUGAAAUAUUAGUCCAUGGAAAAUGCAUCAACGAAAGUGGUUUCACUAAGCAUACAUGGGCUGGUCUGAAAACCAUCUGUGAUUCUAGUGGUGUUAUCAAUUUUGUUUGUUGUUACAUUAUUACUAAUCAAGUUUUCUAAGUAUGACGGAGAGUAAACCUAUAGCCAUGGCGACUGCCAACGGUCUCAUGGACAAGUCAAAGGAACUUCAAAAGGAGAUCCUCAUGGAGAAAUUGAGGUCCAAAACAUCACAAUAUAAAAAUUUAAGUGAAACCUCAAAAGCUGUUCGUAUGGCAUUACUGGAUAAACGAUGGGCAGUAGACAGUGCAGACAGACAGAUACUUCAGAAGUGCUUGGACAGCUUACAACAUUGUAUAAAAGUCAGCUCUCUACAAAGUUUAAUAGAAAGACUUGAAUGUCUAUCGAGGCAGCUUGGGUUAAAGUUUGUGGUGGGCACAUCAGGAGUGAAUCUCUUCAUAUCUUCAGAUAUGUUUUAUUUAGAAAUACUUGUUGAAUCAUUAGGUUCUGUUAAAGAUGUAAAAAUUCAUCAUGAAGGAAAGAUUGAACAGCAGAGUUGUGAAGAAAUGGUUGCAAGUAUAACUCGAGGAGAUUUCGCUGACUUCACUGCUCAACUGGAAGGACUAAUAGCAGUAUACCAGUUAAAUGCAGAAAAGAAGGUAAAAUGUAAAGCAUUCAGUGCUCUGCAGAGUUUAGAAGAAGAUUUAUGCACCCUGCGGCAGCUUCAGAGUUUCAUUAAAGAUCCCUGGGCGCAGGUCCACAAGAGUCCUAUUGGGUUCCUACAGAAACGCAGAGGAGGACAUGCAAUGCGUCUAACGUAUUUUGUCUCUCCAUAUGAGUUACUGGACAAAGACAAAGGUCUACAACCAUUGACAAAUGAGAUGCUAACAUUAGGCAAGCCGGCAGCAUCCAGUGGUCUUGCUUCGCUCGUUGCACCCUCUUAUACACCAGUGGGCUACUCCGCGACCAUUCUUCUAGAAGGUUCUACAGCCAAUAAACUUCAGCUCUGUCCUAUUAUUUCAAAUGGACAGAGAUCAGGCAAAGGUAACGGGCCAGUGUACGCGCCGCUGGUGCCGCAGAACAGCGCGAUGCUGCCGGCCUGCUUCACGCUGCGCCUCUCGCAGCCGCUGCCGCUGUGCGCCGGACUUGCCAAACUCAUACACGCUACCACUGAGGUGGAGGUGUCCGGGGACUGGGGCAACGCUAAACCGAUGCUGGGGCUGGUGGCGCAGCAGGCCUACAACAAGCUCGCGCCGGGAAAGACCGUCGAGUUGAAUCUCAGCAAAGGACUCUUUGUGAACCUGCCGGAGCAGACGCAGUGCUACUUCCUGUGCGAGUCGCGCGGGCUGGAGGGGUGCGUGGUGCGCGGCGUGCCCUUCACGCACCCCUCGCACGUGCCCGCGCUGCUCGCCUGCCUGCGCCAGCAGGCGCUCUUCAACACGCUCGUCGCCUCCUGCGUGCGACUGCAGACCAAGCAAGUGGUGGAGGUGGAGGGCCUGGUGAUGCUGGAGGUGAGCGCGGUGUCGUGGCAGCACAUCUCGGUGUCGCUGGAGAACCCGGCGGACGAGAGCGUGGCGACGCUGGAGCUGUCGCUGGCCGAGCCCGCCGCGCCGCGCGCCGCGCUCUGCACGCUGCACGCCGCGCCCAACGAACACCUCGACGACUACAUCACCUCCGUGCUGCAGAAGAGCCACUCCAUACCCGUCACCUUGAGGUCUUUAGUGAAGAUCUGGAAGAGGGAAGCCGCCUCGAAGCAGAUGAACGGCAACUAUUCUGCGUUGGAUUCGAAUUUUAGCUGCGGCGUGGGCGGGCUGGACCCCGGGGGCGAGCUGCGCCACGAGCCCGCCGGCCUGCACCCCCGCCUCUACCCCAACAACCUCACCACGCACCAAGGAGGGGCGUAUCUAUCGGAGCAACAGCACCAUCUAUCAAUGAUAUGCCAAGAUCCGAACUCGAGCGAAACAAAACCGCAAACUGAUGAGCGUAAGUCAAAAAAGAGGAAGUCCGAUAAUGACAUCUGGUCCUCUAGCCAAAAAAAGGGUAAGCAGGGGAUCACUGAAGCCGCGGACUCCGAGAGCGAUAGCGACAAUUCGUAUGUAAACGAGGACGAGAAUACUAUGAAUAGUAAUUCGACCAAUGAGGAAGGUCCCGAGUCCUCCGUGUCGCAGAACGAGUUCGCGUCGGACCUGGAGCUGUCGGCCAUGGACGCGGCGGACGCCCUCGCCGCACACGACCACAGGUCCUCGGACAUGGACAACUCCAAUGAUGGAGAACCCGAAGAUAUGAUUCGGAAUUCUUUUCACAAGUCUGAGCACAAAAGGCAAAAGUUAAAAAACAAGGAGUCCGAGUCGAGGAGCAGCAGAAGCUCGGCAUCCUUGCUCCUGGACCUGACCGACGGUAAAUCCUACAUGCCGUCCUCAGUCAGCAUCACGCCCAUAGCCUCCAGCGCGCCCGCCGGGAACCUCUCCUCCAUGUUGUGCCUCGACCGCCGCCCCGGCAUCGAGAUCAUACCCAUAUCCUCCGCCACCCCCGCCACCCUGCCCAGCUCCAUCACCAUCACGCCCAUUACCUCCUCACAGCUUAAGUCGCUCGACUCCAGGUCCGAUAAGAAAUCGAGCAAGUCCAGCGAGGAGCGCAGCAAAGAGAAGAAGAAGAAAAGACGCAGAGACGACUCCAUGGGACCGCCCGAAAAAGUCCCACCGAAACAAGAUCCGCUGACGAAACCCGUAUCGGUGAGUAUUAAACCGACCGACGGGUCCCCCAUGCGGUCCACCUCCCCAAACUCUAUUCUGAGAAAAUUCAGCCCGAGCCCCACGCACGGCAGGUCCGUCUCCAUCACUAAGUCUCCUAGCCCCAGCUCGGUGAAGAGCCUGGGCAAGCCCCCGGGCACCUCCAGUCACCACAGCAGCCCGCGACACUCGCCCGUACAAAACAGCCCCAAGCAUCUCACAGGGUACUCCAGUCCAAAAAACCACAGCAUCUCCUCCCCUAAACACAGUUCCUCGGGCUCGGGGAAGCCGAGCAUGUCCACGUUAAAGUCCGCCACUACGGGAUCUCCGUCGGGUAAGUCGGGCACCACGGGGUACGACUUAUCAAAAAAAAUCUCAAAAGACAGUUACGGGUCCAGUUCGAUGACGUCCAGAGAUAAGGAAAAGAAACAUUCCGGUUUAUCUUUUUCUAGUUCGGAUCGUAGUAGUCCCAAGUUAAAAAACCAAAUAAAGCUUAAACAACUUGAAAUUACUCCGGUGUCUUGCGACAGUCCCGUCGCCGAGCCGUUGAUAUCUCCGCCUAAUAUAGAAGUAAACAAAUCUAACACGCCGUCGAGUCAGGCGCGGAAUAGGAAAGGCUCGCUCAGUGCGGUGAUCGACAAACUGAAAUCGGCUCACCACAGCGCCGACACUGACCUCGGCAGCGGAAAGUCCGGCUCCAGCAGUGCGAACAAAUUCAGCGACCCAAAAAAUAGCACUGUCGGCAGCGGUAUGAAAAUAAGCGAAAGUAAAAACCAGGAGUACAUGGUUAAGCCGAGUUCGGACGGAAUGAAGAUCACAAUUAACAAAACUAGAUCCAAGGAAUCUAGUAGUUCAAAACUAAAUUAUAGUUCUAGUAAGCAGUCUUCGCCUCAAUUAACUCCGCCGAGCCAAGGAUCCCCUAAAACCCACACCGGGCUGAAGCCGGGCGUUAUAAGUGGACCGGCAUCGAAAAAAUCGCAGGCGAUGCAAUCCUCUAAAUCCGGCCUGUCCACCAGCUCUACUCCACCGAAAAACAACACCAGCCCCUCGGAAUCAUCCAGCUCAAGUGGUGUCCCCAAAGUGCCUUACUCGAAGUCUUCAAGUGGCAGUAGCACAGGAAUCAAUCUGUCCAAAUCGGCGUCCAAAACCAGUUCAGGCUCACCAAAAAAUAGCAAUUCCGAUAUGUCCAAGAUUAUAAGAGACAGAGAAAGGGAAAAGGUUAGAACAAAAUUAAUGAGUAAUUCGGAAAAAUCUAUAUUUUCCUCUAAAUCAGAACGUCAUUCCAGUCCUAGCAGUUCGAGGGACGACGUGGACGGGGAUAGAUUUAAAACCUCCAAGGAAACUAAUUUUCUCGUCGAAGGACUUAUAAAACCGCUAGAUACUAGCAAAUUUCAAAUACCCAAAUUGAAAAACCAAAACACUCCUGAUAAAAAUAGCCCCGUCUCGCAAUACGAUAGUCGUUCUUUGGUGAAUGAUUUUGCACGAACUUUGGAUCAAAAGUUUCCGUUUUCUCAUUUUGACAAUUCUAACGUUAGAAAUGCCGAAACAUUGCAGAAAUCCGGAUACACUUUAAACGUACCAAAACCUCUACUAAACAUGGGUGCGAUGAGCCCCAAAACCGUUUCCUCGACCAAACUGGAUCAAGCUGAUAGAGCGGAUUUUUCAAAAAACUUAGAAGGCCUAGGGAAGGGGGAGAGUCCUCAAAGAAGUAAAGACGAUUCAAAGGAGGGUUUUCCUGGCGCUUUCCCUAUGAUGCCGUUAGAUUUUAAGACUGAUAUGGCGAAGGGGUUUCCCGCACCAAAAGGUAGCUCCGAGGACAGGAAGGGUGCCGACUCUUGCAUGAAGCCGCCUGCAUCUGGGUCGGUCGCUAGAAGCGGGGCUACUACGCCUCAGGAGGCUGCGGAGAUGUUACUAGAUUUCUCUUCGUCGUCUGGGAGCAAAGUGUCCGGUAUGGUAGCGGUGAGGCCUGUGUACCCCGCGUCGCCGGCGCUAGCGCUGCAACUAGCUAAGAGCCCCGCCCCCUCACCUCUGGUCGCGCCCUCGCCACACUCCAACUCUCCCUGCAUUACUGACGACGAGCUCAUGGACGAGGCACUGGUGGGCCCGGGGAAAUGAGAAAGUAAUGCCUUUCGUGUCUUGAGGUUACACAAGAACAACAAAACUCAUUGUUGUAGUAAGUCUUGUAAAAAAAAACACUAGACCUUUGUUUUUACUGGUUAUAUUUAUAUUAUAUUUAUUUUUCCAUGGCUUUUAAGCAUCUUUUAAUAUUGUAGAUACGUUACGAUGUAUUAUAGCGAACGUGGUGGCGUAUUUUGUGAUUUUCAUGUAUAUAGAAAUGGAUUUAUCGAUGUGUUAUACGAUUAUUUUUUUAAACUGUGAAAAUCGGUAUAAAAUAUGUAUGUAUUUGGGUCUAUCCCCGACCCAGGCCAUGAAUUAAAUACAAUUUAGUAUAGUUGUCUACAAUGUGUCCUAAUUAGUAUAGUAUGCCAGUCCUUUGUAAAAAUGGAGUACUACGAAAUGAUAUUAAAA